AUCAGUCCGGCCCAAAACCGGUGUGGUUUUUGUUUCGCUUCGCGUGGAGCUCUUCAGUCUCUGCCUUGGCUUCGGUGAGGUUGUGCGCUGCGCGGGGUGCUCACACAAUACACGCAGGCGGCUUUCGUACGCGUCCGUGCCCACCGUGGUUUUGUCUUUUCCCUGCCAACAGAGAGAGCCACCAUGGUCGUGAAGAGCGAGUAUGUGUCCGGAUACUACGUCCAGCAGCGGCCGUGGUCUCCGACCAAGCGACGGGGUCCCAUUUCGUCGGACUUCAAGACACCAGGUCCGGGGGCCUUCACCAUCCCGUCCACCAUAGGUGAAAAGGCAAGCACCAAUGUCACGAAAGGGCAGAAGGCUCCGGCGUUUACUUUCGGAACCAAGACCGAGGAGAAGCGCGACCUCUUCGUCCCGGGUCCCGGCGCGUACAACAUCGCGGGCCUCUCUGAGAAGGGCAAGGAGACGGUGCCGGCGCCCACCAUGGCGCCCAAGCUGCGCGAGCCCGAGGGCUUCAAGACGCCCGCGCCGGGCGCCUACAACCCGGAGAAGGCCGAGCAGUGCGUGCUCAGCGCCGCGCCCAUGUACACCUUCGGCUCGAAGAUCAGGGACCCGAAGCCCGCCGACAUACCCGCACCGGGUGCCUACGACCCCGAGAGAGCCGAUCAGCGCGUCAGAUCUCUGGAACCUAGUUACACCUUCGGAGUGAAAUACAAGGACCCUAAACGGGACGAUUUUCCCGCUCCUGGCACCUACUGUCCUGAGAAAUCUGACACGGUUCUAGCCACGACACCGGCUUACACCUUUGGUUUCAAGCAUAAGGACCUUAGGCCCGACGAUAUUCCUGCCCCUGGCGCCUACUGCCCCGAGAAAGCGGACACUGUGCUUGCAGUUCAACCGGCCUACACCUUCGGCAUCAAGCCAAAGGACGCUAAGCCCGACGAUAUACCCGCCCCGGGUACUUAUAGACCCGAAAAGGCUGAGUCUGUGUUGGUCAGGACACCUGCGUACUCGUUCGGCACCAGGCCUAAGGAUUCCAAGAAUGACGGCGUACCUGCUCCCGGCAAGUACAACGUGCCGGGCACUGACACGUACAAGAGCAAGUCCCCCGCCUACACGCUCAGCUAUCGAACAAACAUUCCCUCGGACCACACCAAGAAACCCGGGCCUGGAGCUCAUUCACCCGAGAGGGUUUGGAUGAACAAGAGUAGCUCACCACGGUUCUCCUUUGGCAUUCGACACAGUCCGGUUGCCGAGACGCCCAAACCCAAGUAGGACCUUCGUGUGAAAAGACUCCCAGAGCCUGCAAAGGACUAACGGCAGCUACGAGACGCACUAUCAACGGCAGUCUACUGACAAGAGCAAUGCAGCGUCAGCGCAUCUUAGUCACCGCAUCUACGCGGAUGCAUUGAAUUAAGAAUGCAAAGCGCGUUCAAACGUGGACAGAAGCCGUUGUUGUGUUGUGUUUCAAUCUUGAAUGGGCCUUACGUGUUACAUAGCUUGUAGGCUUCCGUGCGCGUUGCCAAAGACGACUCUUUUCUAAGAGCUCGAGUAACGAAUAGUGCUAAGGUCUAGUGCCUCUGCGUCGCCAAGUCAUAUGAAACAUAGCUCGGCGUUACUUAUUGUUUUGCUUCUGCAACUUCAAUAUUUUGAUGCAUUAUUGGGUGCUUUGGUAUCAGCUUCACGCAUUAUUGAUACUCACGCACCGCUUGCUACACUAAAGAAGCUUCUUUUUCUAUUACGUUUAGACUGAUGCGUUAUUGUUUUCUCAUUUGUCUUUUCACUGCUUCAGCGUGGCAAUAAAAGAUAAAAUAAGUAAACAAAAGAAGUAAAAAACAUUGCCUUUGAAAUUUUUCGCUUAAUUUUUUUUUCUGCUUUUUCACAUGAUGCUUCAAGGAAUAAAAGUGCACGAAUCGCACAGCUACCAA